AUGCCAACUUCAGAAACAAAUUCUCUUACAGAAAGUAAAAUUUAUAAAGGAACAAAAGAAGUUAAAUCAAUUCAAAAGUUUUUUGGUGGAAGUAAAUCAUCAGAACUAAAAGAAAAAGAAAGUUCUAAAACAGUACAAUUAUCUAAAAUAAGUAGAAGGUCUUUUAUUAAUCUUAAUAAAUAUACUAAAAUCUCUUCUUUUGAAAAAGAAGAUAAUCAAUUAAUAAGUAAUAUUCAAGAUACUUUGGGUAUAGGAUUUAUUGAAAAUGAACAAAAUUUAUCUUAUGAAAAAGAAAUUGAAAUUAUAUUUUCAAAUCAAAGUAUUCCUAUUUAUUCUUCUUUAAUUCCUAAUCUUGUUUAUCCAAAUAAAAGAUUAAUUAAAACACAGUCUGCUUUUAAAGUUUUUAUAGAUUCAUCUAUUCAACAUAAACAUAAAACUUAUGAUUGUUGGUCUAGUUUAUUAUUACCUGAAGAAUUAUGGACAGAUAAUGUUUAUCAUCCAUUUAAUAUUAUUAAUGAAGAUUUAUCUCCUAAUUAUCAUAUUGAAUUAAAUAGUAAUUCUAUUUCAAAUAAAACUGAUUUAAAUCAAUAUGAAAUAAUUAAUAUUGAUGAUAAUUAUAAAUUCUUCAAAGAAUUAUUUUUUAGUAAAUCACAAACUCAGUUUUAUGUUUUUCGUGAUAAUGUAACUAUUUUAUGUUAUCAAAGACUUUUGUUUCUUCAAUUUAUCAUCGUUUUUAAUAAUAAAGGAAUUCAUAGAGUAUUAUUAACUAAUGAUGAUGAAUGUUCUAAAUGGUGGCAAACUGUUAAUGGAUUUAAAGAAAAACCAAUUAAAGUAAAACCAAAAAUAAAGUUUCAAGAAGAACUUUUACUUUUUGAAUCUAAAUUAGUUGUGACUCAAUAUAAAUUUGGGGUUAUCUAUAUGAAAAAUAAUCAAAGAAGUGAAGAAGAAGCAUACGAAAAUAAUGAAUGUUCACCAUCAUUUUGGAAAUUUAUGAAUUUAAUUGGAACCAAAAAACCAUUAAAAGGAUGGCAAAAUUUCAGUGGAGGACUUGAUACUAUUAAUGGUAAAACAGGUGAGUUUAUGUAUUACCAAUACUAUGAUAAAUUUAAUUUUGAAAUUGUAUAUCAUGUUGCCCCAUUACUUCCUUAUUACAAUGGAGAAGAACAACUUGAAAGAAAAAGGUUUAUUGGAAAUGAUAUUGUUGUUAUUAUAUUUAAAGAACAAAAUGAUGAACAUGACUGCUUUGAUCCACGAGUUAUUAGUUCAAAUUUUAAUCACAUAUUUAUUGUAAUCACACCAGAAAGGAAUGAUUCAUUAAAUGAAAGAUAUAAAAUUAAUGUUGUGUGUAAGUCAUGCAUUAAACCAUUUCCUCCUUUUAUUGAAGAUAAAUGGUAUUGUCAUUCUAUUGACUUCUCUGAUUUCUUUAUCAGAAAAUUAAUAAAUGGAGAUAGAACUGCUAUUAACUGUAGUCCAUUUAUUGAAAGAAUGAUUCAUUCAAAUGAGAGAUUACUGAAACACAUUGUGACAUCUUCCUUAUAA